GUCACACAGUGUGUGGUGCCCUACACAGUAAAUUCUGCAGUGUAAAGUAUACAGUGACAAAAUCUGUGAACACUUCCAGAGUUCUUCCAACACCAACAAGAUAAAAUACAUCCACCAUUACAUCAAGUGUUGUUGUUAAUAUCUAGAGUUAGUCUCAUCAGUGUAAAAUACGCAGUGUCAAAGCAAACGAACACAGACAGUGUAGAAUAUUAACUCGGGACAGGUACACUGUACUCUGGAUGCUCCGCCCACCUCUGUCUCGUUUCAAAAAUCUUCAGACUGUUCUGGACGCCAUUUUCCUGCUAUGGAAGACUGUGGUAAGUCUUUUUAAAGUGUAUUACUUACUAAACAUAUCGUAUAUUGUAACAAAUUUUGUGUUUUGUAAUAACAUAAUAAUUGUUUGUUUGUCGUAUGCUUGGAGGUUUUAUGCUUGAAAACGUUGAAUUAUAAGGGGCUAACAGUGCAGAGUCGUGGCUAGCUUAAAUGUGCAACACGUGGUAGCUGCUACGCAGUAAAGCUGGUUCUGUAGAUAGAGCCAGGAGGGUUUUUCAGACUUAAUCGUUGUUUUUAGGUGGUUACUUGUUAUGGCGUUUGUGUGUAAUUAAUUAGAGUGGCGUUCUAUUGUGUCUUGUGCCACCGUGACCGAAGGUGUUGCAUGUGGGCAUUACUUUCCCCGUUGUAAACUCCGGUUUUAAAGUGUAUUACAUAUUAAAAAUAUUAUAUAUUCUAUCAAAUGUUUUGUUAUAACAUAAUUGUUUGUUCGUCGUAUGCUUGAGAAUUUUACACUUGAAUUAUAAGGGGCUAACAAGGCAGGGUCAGUGGCUAGCUUAAAUGCGCAACACGUGGUAACUGCCACGCAGUAAAGCUGGCACUGUACUUAGAGCCAGGAGGGUUUUUUAGUCUUAGUCAUUGUGUUUGGUGAUUAAUUGUUAUGGAAUGUGUAAAUAAUUAGAGUAGUGUCCUGUUUUAUUCUUAGCGGUGGUUCGUUUUUUCUGUUGUCUUAUUGCGCCGCCAUCACCGAAGGUGUUGCAUGUGGUAAUGACCUUCCGAAUUGUGUGGUAGAAAUCGGAAAGGUUUCCGUGUACACGCCGAUUCUCGCUGUUAACGCUUAGGGUUGUGCGGUAUGGAAUGCUCCAAUAAUAAUUUAGCUCGCCUUUGCCAUGUUUAACACGUUUUAAUUAUAAUAUAAAGAACAUAUCUAUUCAAACAAGAGCUAACUUUAGCCUGGCGCGUGCAUUGUGACGUAUUUGAAAAUUCCCAGACAGGAAUAGAAAGACUAUGUCGCUAGCAUGAAACUUAUGUUAACACUUUGCAUUGACGGAUGGAAUUUCAAUAGUUUUAAUAUUAGUUAUUUUAAUAAUUGUGGAUUUCCAAAAGGAGUCAUAUAAUUAACUUUAAGUGUCCAUUUGGUGCUAAACUUUGGUUAUGCAGCCGGUUAUGUCAAUGAUACUACAUGUAAUUUGUAAAUGCAAAUAUUGAUGGCAAGGCUUUUUGUGUAGACUGAUAAAUUAAUGCAUUAAAGUAGAUACUGAACCAUGGAGUUAUUUAAUGCCAGAUAUAUUGUAUUAUACCAACAGGAGUUGAUGCCAGUUGUCAGUUUUAACAGAAGUCAUGUUGAUCAAAGCAAAACUGAACAAUGAGCAGAAAUACAUCAAGAUCAGUGAGCCAAACUUGGCCGAGUUCUUGAAUUCUGCCUUCAUGAAGUUUUCGAUGCCACCCGUCACAGACGGUGUUAAAGUCUUUGAUGAGACUGGAACAGAAGUGGAUGCAGAAGUGUUUGAGGAAGUAGCACAGCAACCCAACGCUGGUGUAUUUACGAUUAGAUUCGAUACUGAUUCUGAGGGAACACUUUCCGCUGCUUGCCAGCAGGAUUCAAAUGCAUCUCAGCCUGAUCCAGCUUCACUGGAACUUUCAGUCUGUAGUUCUGAAGGUACAGUAAUUUUGGAACUUGAAUCCUGCAACUCUGAUGACACAAUCAUCCUGGAUAAGAACAGCCCUUCCAGAAAACGCCAGAGAGAGAAUGACAAUGCCAAACAUGUAGUUGAAUCUACAUUGGCAAAGAAACCUGGUGGAGAUCGCAUUAUUAAAGAAUACAACCGAACAAAAGGGCUUACUGACUCUUCACGGCGUCAGAUGGUUAAUAUCCUUGCUGCAGACAUGACUGAAACCUAUGGGACAGCACCGCCCAGGCAUAUAAGGGAGAUGUAUGCUCAAGGCAUUGUUGAGAUGUUCCCUUAUCUCAUGGAUCCCUAUUCUAAAAAAGGAUAUGAACAUUUUUAUGACGGUGAAAGUGGGACUGGCUAUCUUGCAUGGAGGCUCAAAACCAUUCAGAGGAGGAGUUCUUCAGCAGAAAGCAGAGGGCCAUCACAUCUGCUGGCUGGUGGUGGGCCGACAGCUAAAAGAGAGGCUUUGUUUAACCCUGAGGUGAUCUUAAGUGAAGAGCAAUGCAAGGAGGCCAUGUCUUUAAUGAAAUACUGUUCUGAUGAAGCCACUAUCAAGGAGAAGAUGAAAGUUACAUUUGAGCGUCGCCGCAACAUGGUUUUGGACAAGGAAAAAUCUUCAUUCGUCUUGGAUGAAUUUCCACGCUUUAAAGAUGUUGAAGGCUUGAUUGCGCAAGAUUUCCACCUUCAGUUUGGACACGAUGUAGCUGCCAGGCUUUUGGAAAGGUGGCCUACAACAUUCAAGCAAAAGGUUAUUCAGCAGAGCAAGACUCUGCCCUCCUCAGCCGACCUUGAAGUGCUGAUCCAGUGUGCAGAAGCCACCUCAGAGGAAGUGGACAUGGAUGACAUUCUUGUCUCUGGAUGGGACAGUGAUCUCUCCUCAAUUAUCCUCCUCCUUCACCUGAUUCCUCCUUCCGCCCAAGGCCGUAAAAGACCAGGCAGAGUGUCGGCAUCCCAAGCGGAGAAGCAUCUUGUUGUGUUCAAGAAGGAUGCCUUUUUGUACAUCCUUAGAGUGGAACAAGUAUCGAAGAACACGUGGAUUCUAUCAACACUAGUAAGCAGCCCUAUCUACUUGCUCUCGGCACGAAGAGGAGCACCAUCCACAAGUUCGUCAUCAUUCUGGACAAGCAGGUUAUACCGUGCAAAUCAACAACCUCUCUUGGGGCGUUUGAUGAGUUGUUCAAAGCACACUUUGUGUUUGGCACUACGUAUAAUCAGAUGCUGCACAACAUGUACACCUUCAUACAGACGACCAUCUUCCAAAUAGAUAUUGGCAAAGUUCGUGAGAGCCCACGUGUGGCAGAGAUUAGGGCAAGGCUGUUACACUAGACAAUGCAUUCACUAAAAUGUAAGCAACCUAUUUGUUGCUCAUCUAUCUAUGGGAUUUUUAUUUUAUUUGUAAUUUUUUGUUGAUGUUGGUUAUUACAUUUGUCUUUUAAUACAAUGGGUCUGAUUUGUUUUGUUUGCCAGACUACUUUUGGGAGUACAAACUUGCUUGUGAGACAUAUGCGAUUGAUUCAUGGAUUUCACCCUGGUAAAUCACUUCGCCUAAAGUGUGGUCAGGCAGGGUGCUGCCAUUUUUUUGGUACCUUUGCAGGCUUAAGGAAACAUUUAAACACGCGACAUGCUCAAGAAAUUGCAGAGCAUGGGGUCAGAAGUCACACUGUAGCCUGUGAUAAUGUUCCAGAUAAUGUUCUGUCCCAUGAUGUUGAAGCAGCUGGUAGCUCCCAAGACAGUAGCUCUCAAGACCUAUCAGGGACCAACAGAAGCAUUCGUGAUAUGUGUGGUUCUGCUAUUGCACAGCUUCAAGUUUCUGGUGUUGGCCAGUCUUCAUUGAAUAGUUUUGUUCUGUCCAUGGAGGAAGUGGCACUGGAGAUACAGAGUCAGGCUAAAGAAGCAGCCUUAAAAUGUGUGCAUUCACAGGAUACUAGUACAAAAGCUAAAAUUGAGCAAAGUUUUAAACAACUUGAAAAUCCUUUUACAUCAUUGAAUUCAGAUUCGAAGCGAAGCCUUUAUUUUAAAGAAAAAUAUAAAACUAUUGAGCCAGUGGAGAAAGUACUUGGUGUCAGAUUUGAGAACAGAAGAAAUAGAUGUACUGGAACUUAUGAUCAGGUAGUUGUUACAGAUAAAUUUGCUUAUGUUCCAAUUUUACAAACUCUGCAGUCAAUUCUAAGUAAUCCACAUCUUAGUGAUAUCUUUACAUCUAGUCACACUCCAAAUGAUGGUGUAUAUUGUGAUAUAAAAGAUGGGUUGUAUAUGAAAAGGCAUCCUCUUUUUUCAAGCAAAAAUUUGGCAUUGCAAAUUCAAUUAUUUUAUGAUGAAUUCGAGACCGCUAAUCCUCUUGGAUCCAAAAAAGGUGUCCAUAAAUUGGGAGGUAUAUACUUUACAUUGAGAAAUUUUCCACCAAAGUUAAAUUCAUGUUUAGUCAACAUACAUUUGUGUGCACUUUUUCAUGCCCAAGACAUUAAAACCUAUGGAUUUGACACUAUACUUGAGCCAAUAAUCAAUGACUUGAAAGUGCUGGAAACUGAUGGGAUUGAAGUUCCUGUGUUCAAAAGUCCUGUUCAUGGCAGCAUUGUACAAGUAACAGGGGAUAAUCUUGGUUUACAUGGACUGUUUGGGUUAGUAGAAUCAUUCAGUGCUCGGAAUUGUUGUCGAUUUUGUGUCAUAGACAAAAGUGAUUUUCAGACGGUUUUCUGUGAAGAUGACCAGAGUGUAUUAUUUCGAACAAAAGACAUGCAUGAAAAGCAUUGCCAUACUCUACAAACAAAUCCACAGCUACCUCAUGUAUGUGGUGUUAAGCGUUCAUGUUCAUUGAAUUCUCUGAAAUAUUUUCACACAAUUGAUAAUUUUUCUGUUGACAUAAUGCAUGAUAUUCUUGAAGGAGUUGCACAGUUUUAAGUGAAACUUAUCUUGGAGUAUUUGCAGAAGAACAUCUUGACUUCAAAACAGUUAGCACGUAGAAUAGAGUCAUUCAACUAUGGUUACACUGAGAGGAGAAAUCGCCCACCUGCAGUUAAGUUAAAUGAUGGAAGUAAUGAUUUGGGCCUGAAUGCCAUCCAGUCGUGGUGUUUGUUGCGCAACAUGCCAUUAAUAUUUGGUGAUUUAAUAGAGAGCGACAAUGAAUACUGGCAUCUUUUACUGUUGCUUGAGCAGAUAGUGGAUAUUGUUUUCUCUCCAGUCAUAACAUAUGGCAUGACCAUCUUUUUGAAGCACAUAAUUGUUGACCAUCACCGGCUUUUUAAGCACCUGUUUCCUGAUAGAAAUCUCUUGCCUAAGCAUCACUUUAUGUUACACUAUCCUAGAUGUAUAAGGAAUAUUGGACCAAUUGUGCACACAUGGUGCAUGCGUUAUGAGGCUAAGCACAAAUUUUUCAAGACUCAACUAAAAAGUUACAAAAACAUCACAAAGACUUUAGCUAAAAAGCAUCAGAGAUAUAUGGCCAUGUGUUGGGAAUCUUUUACCCAGUGCAGAUUAACAAUUGGUCCAGGAAAAAUGGUGCAGCUUCAAGAUUUAAAAGAAGGUCCAGAGUUUGCGGUCAAAUUAAACUCUGCAUUAUCAACAACUGUCUUGUCUGUGAGGUGGGUAAAGCACUAUGGCACUGAAUAUCGCCCUGACUUAUUAGUAUGUGUGGAGGUAACUGAUGAGAUGCCAGUAUUUUGUAAAAUUAAGACUAUAUUAGUGAAAGAUGAGCAGAUUUUACUCAGUGGCACUGCUGUUGAAACCAUUUGCUUUGACAAACAUUUUCAUUCAUUUAAAAUUGUGUUUAGGCCAAUUCAGACACUUAAGGUAUUCAGUGUUAAAGACUUGCUGUAUUAUAAAACAAUGGAUGUUCAAAUGGCAUAUGGAUCAGCAGAUUCUUCACUUUUUAUAGUUCCAUACUGCCAUCUAAUGAAGCUUUGACCAGAAAGUUCUAAAGAUUUGAAUGUUUGUUGGCUAACAUUUCACUAUGUAUUUGGUACAUUACCAAAAUCUGACUGUUAUACUGCUGCUUUUAAUCGGUCAGCACAGUAAAAUGUUGGUUCUGUCAUUGAUAUUGUUAGUUUUACAUGCUGCACUGUUGAACGUGAAAUAUGUUUAGCACAUAAGUAUAUACCAAGUAUAAUGUGUGUGUAUAAUUAGGUAGGUAAGUUUACAGAAAAUACCAUGUCUUCAGGGCUUUUAAUUUUGUUAUACAACUGUGAAAAUGUUAUUUGAACAUAUCAAAACCCGGUGGGUUAAUGUUUUUAUUUAUGCUUUUAAUAAAAUAGAGACAUGGA